ACCGUUAGCAUACUUUUCGGGGCAGUUCGACGCUGGCGCUGCGUGCGUGCGGUCUAACGGUGAACGGUGCUCCUGCGAGAGAGCGGAAUAGCGAGGCAGAGAGAGAGAGCGCGUGUGUGUGUGCCAGCCAGACGCCAGACAGAGAUAGCAUUAGCAGUUAGCUGAAGUGAGCAGUCAAGGAGAUAAAUCAAAAACGAAAGAUAGCAAGCAAUCGCAUGAGAAAAAAACAGAGCACAAAUCACACUUGCUGGCUUUUAUCGUUACACUUUUUUUUUAGUGCGAAUUGAUGCAAAAUUAAUAAGGACAACUAAUACACACACUCGCACACGUGGAGAGGACUUUUUGGGACCGCGAUGAUGGAGCAGAGUGUGCGAAAUCAGACAACGAUGUCGAAGACGACGAAUCGCAAUAGAACCGCCGGCGGCAUUGAAGCACCUAGCAUAGCCGCUGCAUCCGCAUCCGCAUUGGCAAAUGCAAGUACAGCCGCCUCCGCAUCCGCAGCAUCCGCCUCCUCAUCCUCGUCGUCAUCGGUUUCAUCGGCAACUUGCUCGGCGACGAUUGUCCAGGCAAAGCAACGCCCUCCGCCACUGAAAACGGCGACGACAACGGUGACCACCACCUUGGUGAGCAGCAGCGAGGGCGGCCAGCCCAUACCACCCACCGCCCACUCGGCUGGCGGUCCAGGGGGCGGUGCGUCUGCGGGUGGGAGUUAUCGCGGUGCCACCACCCUGACCACGCCCUCAACGCCCCGCAUCGAGCUGAGUCGCGCCUCCAGUUCGUCGCAUCACGAGGAGGAUAGCCGGGAAAGCAGUCCGGAAAAUGUAUUCGAGCAGGCCAAGCGCUCAUCGCCGCACAUCUUUAAGUUCGACGACCACCAGAGUUACCUGCAACAGCACCAGCGCAAGGACUCGGCCAGUUCGGAGGUGGCUGCCCUGCUGUGCAUCUCGGGUCGCACCAGCCGCAUCUCGAGCGUGGGCAGCCAGGGAUCGGCGGUGAGUCGCCUCUCGGCGAUAUCGGGUGUCUCGCGCUCCCCCUCGCCGCACCGCAUGCUGCUGGAGACCUCGUUCUGUGGCCCCAAGCCCGUGGAGCUGGCCGGGAGUGGGGGUGCAAGCAAUGCCUCCACGGCAGCCAGCUCCGCUCACAGUCAGGCGGACGGAAUGCCGGGUGCCGGCACUGUGGCCGCCAAUGCUGCACUAUUGGAGCAACUGUUGCUGGCCCGAAAACAUGAUCCCACCCAGGCGGUACUGGCCGAGGGCAUCAAGGUGCUGCCCCCCGCACCAACUGGUUCCGCAGCCAGCACCUCCAGUCGCAGCAGGAGCAGGCAGGCCAGCUCGCUGGCCAACGGCGAACGGAUAGAGAAGGAACCAAAGGUGAAGCAGACGAUUGGCGCCCAACGCAGGAGCACCAAGAGCCCGGGUCAAAUGGUUGUGGGCAAGACGGCCAGCGGCACGGAGUACAUAAGGAUUAAUCUCAGACCGGAUCAUAUGUACAGUGACAAGGGCAUUGCCUCCAAUGAGCGAGUGGUGGAGGCACCCAAUCAACUGGCACCGGUUUACUCCAAGCCCGCCUCGUUGAGUCUGCAGGGUGCUCCCAUAGAGGAGCAUCGUUUGACCCCCACAGCGAGUCCCAAGCCGGGUCGUCGAUUAACCAGUCGUUCACCUUCACCCGCAACUGGAGCUGGUGGCGGAGCAGGUGGCUCCGUGUCCCGCAAGAGCUCCUUUAGCUCCCUCUUUCGUUUGGGCAAGGACUCGCCGGAUUCGCCCAGGGAAACGGCUCGUUCGCGUAGCAAAAGCAAAGAACGACCCGCCACUGCAUCGGGCGGAUUGGGAGGAGGAGGCGGUUCCCAGAAUGUGACGCCCAGUAAGCAAAAGUCCGUGCUGGCCAUUUUCAAGCCGGGUAAGAGGGGUAGUCAGAGCAGCAAGAGCUCGUCGCCAAUAGAGUCCAGUGUUGAGCCAGUGCCACCACCACCGCCACCCGCACCUGGAUCGGGGUCAACAAAUCGUAGUCGGACCCCAGUGGGCUCUCGACCAGGCAGUCGCCUGCGUUACUACGAUGAGCCAGUGGAGGGGGUUAUCCAUAUACCGCUGCACACGCCGCCAGAGGAACGCGAGGCUCGCACUCUGCUGCAAGGCAUCCAGCAGCUGACCCAUGCGGCGCAGGCCAGCGUGGAUCCCUCGCCGCUGCCCACCCACCGAGCUCCGCCCACUUCCGCUCAACCGGUGGCGCCGGGCACCCAGAUCACAGCCACCCAAUUGGCGGCAGCGGCGGCUGCCUUGCGUCCCGUGGCCCAAAGGAGGGUGGCCCAACGACCGGAUCUGGAUGCUAUACAAUCGCUGCCCAGCCAGGAGGAUCCGCCAACGGCGCCUGGCGAGGAGCAGAUCCUACAGCGGCCGGAACCGGCCAACUGGAGCCUGGAGGUCCAGCGACACAGCUCGCAGGACUCGCAGGAGACGACGGCCGAAUCGGUGGGCUCGGUGGUUAGUGCCCGGGCAGCUAAUCUUGCCCAGCAACGGGAGCAGGCAGCCAUGCAGCGAUUGCCCUCGGUGGAGAGCACACAGAGUGCCUGCGAGCCGAGAUUGGUGCACACGGUGGCCACCGUAAAUGCUCCCAAUCCUGAUUCGGAGGCAGCCGCCAAGGAGCGCAGACGUCUGUUGUUCGCCACUCGGUUGGGUUCAGGCAGUCAGGAGCAGCUCUUCUCCACCCAGUUCAGUAUUUCAAAGACAGAGAGCCAGUCGAGUCAGCUUUCCGAGCAAGUGGAGCACUCUGGCUCAGAAACCGCGGAGGGAUUGCAGCGCCAGGGUACUGUGAUUCGAAGAAUGGAGACCGGACCGCCACCGCCACCGCCAAGGGGCGUCUGCAGUUCGGAGGAGGAGCAGGGCGUAGCCAUGUCCGGAUCGGUGGUGAUGCGUGCCAAGCGGUCCAAGUCGCGUCCCAGCUCGGAGGAUGAAGCUGCUCCGAUGGCAGCGGCGGCCCCAGCGGAUUUGCGCCACUCACGUUACUUGGAGAACUUUGAUGUGCGCCGCAAGCUGCACGAGAAUCUUACGGAGGCGGAAGUGGGCCGACCGGGUGAAAUGCCAGGCAGUCAGGUAACCAUACCAAGGAAGCCAAAGCGACAAAGUGUCCCAGAAUCAAGACGUGAAACCCCUAGCUAUAGUUCUGGCACUGUCACACCCACCACUCCCACACCAACGCCAGCCACUCCGGUGGGUCAGUCCAAGCAGCCACCGACUUCUGCAACCACUCCCACAUCCAAAGGAGUUCCAGUGACCACUACACCCGCCGCCGCUGCUCAAGCAUUCACUUCUUUUACUGGUCCUCCAGGCACUGCCUUCAUUGAGUCACCAAACACCACCCGCAGGGAUCAGCCAAGCAUUUCCUAUAAGGAGCCACCAACUGAAUCGUCUAGGGAACCUGUAACCACCUCCAUUACGGAGCACGCAAGCACUUCCCAUCACGAUUCUCUGACCAGUGUAUCCACCCCCCCACCAGAACGUCGUCAUUCGCAGUCAACGGAUGAGCACGAGCCCGUGGAAUCCUCGGAGAGUGAAAGGGACUCGGACAUGGCCGGUAGCUCCUCGGUGACUACGGCAGUUCCUGCAGGCGGAGAAGCAGGACGACGGCACCACAACUUUCCGCGCAACGUGUGCGUUAUAGAGGAGCACGAAAGCACGGGUCUGGUGUCACAAGAGUCCUUCGAGGAUGAGCUGCCCUACAUACCCACCACGCUACCCGAGGAGCGGGCCCAGGGUGUACCUAUAAUCCCCAUGAGAGAACGAGCGAAUAUGGAGCUAAGGACGUGCCCAGUGGACAGACCAAGAUCCACCACGCCGCUGAAUCCUUCACAUCUUGAGGAGUACUGCACGGGAAUCAUGACACCGCAGGAGGCAACACCAGGUGGUUAUCAAGAGACCGAUGGUGUAGGAGGUUUUAGCACUGGAAUCGGAGGCGGCGGAAGUGGCGGAGUGGUCGGAACUCCAGUGCGGGGGGAGAAGCUGAGGAUCAGUCUGCCACGCAAGGAGUCCAUCGGUAAGGAGCGUAUUCAGAACUCCAAGUCACCGCGCCGUGUGUCCAACACCAGUGGCAAGUCCUGGUUUGAAUUCGCCGAGGAGGGCCUACGAGCCAAUAACAACCUGGAGCGCAAGGACUCGGCCAAACAGUUGCUCCCGGUGGUCACACCACCACCAGCUGCUACUUCUACUCUGGAGGAACCGAAGCCGAAGGCCUCAACCCAACGAAAGCUCUCCGGGCAUUGGAUCGACUUCGAGAACAUACCCGAAAAGAGGAAACCGGCCAAGAGGAUCACCACCCUGCCCAAGGAGACGUUAACGAGCAGUGUGCCCGCCACGGCCACCACCAGUUCCUCUUCCGCCUGCGGCAGUGGUCAUCGAUCCGGCACCGGAGCUGGCCACCACCAUCAUCACCACCACCAUAAUCAGCAGGCGUCGAAAACGAAUCCGGAAGGCGGCGAUAAGUUGCACUACAACUACGUAAAGCCGGAGGACUGUCAGUGCGAGUGUCACGAGGCGGAGCGUGGCGAAUCCUCGCAAGCAACGGCCGGAGCGGGAGACACCAGUACUGAGACGGGCACUGGAACGGGAACGGGCAGUGAGUCUCUGGCGUCCGUGGAGCUGCUGCAGCAGGGCGAGGACAUGUUGCCACUACUCGAGCCCGACACCUCGGCGGAGGGCAGAAUUUACGGAGACGAGGAACAGGCGCCCCUAAUGCGUCACAGUGGCAAGGGAGUCACUCGUCCCAGGAACCAGCACGAGGAGUUCUCACGUCGCGAUGACGGAUCAAGUCCUCGCAAUCGCAAGUUCCCCGACAGGAAGUAAGCAGCUUUCUUUUGGUUCGAAACGGAUCGGUUCUUUCUAGAUCUUCAGGGUAGCUAAGCCGGUAAUCUAUCUCUAUGUAAGUCGAGUCACUAAACUAAGGGCCAGCGUGUCCUCCUGGCCCAUAUCCUUAAUGUACCUCAAGCAGAGUGGUUGUUGUGUUAUGAUCGCUUGACAAUGAUGCGUAUUAUGUAACUCUCGACUCGAUUAGCUUAACUCUAUAUGGAAUACAGAAGGGAAAUCAAAUAAUAUGAAAAGCAUAAUAUACUUUAACACACGAUUAUAUGCAUACGAUACUCGGUACUACAUACACGUAUAUAGCUCAUGAAUGUACAUGGUUAGGGUAAUUUUUUUGAUAGCAACAAUUACAACACUCACUCUAUAUAUAGCAAUCCUGACAGACGAUCGUUUUCCCUAGAAACUUUUUGCUGGCAAUUUUACUACGAGUAUAUGUGAUCUCGGAUAAAGUGUUAUGCAUGUGUGGUUGAGACACGUUGGACAUCUGAUCGGAUUCUCUAGCUGUAAGUCGAUGUAUUUGUGUGUAGUUUGUUAACUAGCUCAGACAAAUCCAGGAUCCAGAAUCCAGAAUCCAGAAUCCAGAAUUUAGAAUCGAGAAUCCAGAGUCCGAAGUCCCUAGGCUUAGUCACUAAUCUCUAUCAAUAUCGCUGUCUAUAUCCUGUGUCUGUGUCCGAUUCUAUAUAGCUGCGUGCGCCUGUGUGUGCGGGUGUGUGUGUUAUGGAGAUCUAUAUCUCUCUGUAGCACCACCGAUUUCGCCCCAUAUCUCUAAGAAUCUCACAAUGAGACACAUUGAACGAUCUAUGAACGAGUUGUAAUCGUUUUCAGUUGGUCAAAAACAAAAGUUAGCCUGAUUCAUAGCCUUUAGUUGAGUUCGAAGCGUUAGUUAGUUAGUCAACACCGAUUUAUUGGGUGUGCUGUAAAUACAUAAGUCAAACUAGAUGAACAGUAUUCGAUGAAAAUUGGUUUUGGCAAUUUUUCACUUUUUUUGCGGGCCAAAGAAACGCCGCGAAAAGUUUGUGAACUUUUAAAUGGGUUUAUAUAGACAUAUAAUAUAUAAAUAUUAUUAUAUAGCCAAAAAACUGCCA